AUGCAACCCCUCAACGAGGAACCGGGAGAGUCUAGUCACGAUGAGGACUACUCAUCAGCUUCAUCCACUGGCACAGUCAUCCCCUCUCCCAGUCGCAAUCUUUUCGCCAGACCCAACGGUAACCGAGGCUCCCCUCAAACAAGCCUAAGCUGGACCGAAUUCUUCACUCAAGAUCUGUACCUCCACCAGAUCGAUGAUAGCACCAACACACAUAUCACCCACCAUGUCUAUCUCACCCCUCCCGCCGACUCCGGCAGUCCGCUUUUCGUCAUGCACCACGGCGCCGGGUCCUCAGGUCUUUCGUUCGCCGCCUGCGCGGAGGAGAUUCGAAAGCUCCUCCCCAAAGCAGGCAUCCUGUCUCUUGACGCGCGCCACCACGGCAGCACAGUGGUAGCCUCCACGUCCGACGGGGCCGAGGGAGCCCAGGAAGAAAGCCCGCCUACUCCUCCCCUCGACCUCAGCCUCGAGACCCUCAAUCGAGAUCUUGUCUUCGUCGUCCGCGAAACCCAGGCCAAGAUGGGCUGGGAAAGUCUUCCGGACCUGGUCCUCGUCGGACACAGUCUGGGAGGGGCCGUGAUCACCGACGUCGCCAAGACCGGCGAGUUAGGGUCCAAGGUACUGGCAUAUGCAGUACUUGAUGUCGUCGAGGGCUCCGCAAUGGACGCCCUCCAAAGCAUGGAAACAUACCUCCUGACCCGUCCAUCCCGUUUCCCAUCCAUAGCAUCCGGCAUAGAAUGGCACACUCGCUCCCGCACAAUCCGCAACAAAACCUCCGCCCGCAUCUCCGUGCCCUCUCUCCUCUACGAACAACCGGCCCCAACAGACCCCACCAAACCCUGGAUUUGGCGCACAAAUCUCUCGGAAACGAAACCCUUCUGGGAGAAUUGGUUCAUCGGGCUGAGUCGGAAGUUCCUCGACGCGCGUGGUGGCAAGCUACUCCUGCUGGCUGGGACCGAUCGGCUAGAUAAGGAGUUGAUGAUUGGGCAGAUGCAAGGUAAAUAUCAAUUGCAGGUUCUCCCGGAAGCAGGACACUUCAUCCAGGAAGACCAGCCGGCCAAGACGGCGCAGAUCCUGGUGGAUUUCUAUCGGCGGAAUGAUCGGAGUGCGUUGGUGUUGCCGCCUAAGGUGGCGGAUCUGCAGGCUCAGGCGGCGAUGAAGAAGGGGGAUGGCGCUGGGAUGGGCUUUGGAAUGAGCGGCUUGAAGAGGGGGUAG